AUAUUGGGUCGUAACAGGCGGGUCCGUCGUCGAGAUGGACAUGACCGAGUCCAAGGACAGCAUCACUGCUAAGGUCCAGGCACUGGGCCGCAUCGACUAUCUCGUCAACAACGCAGGGUACUCUAUCCUCGCUCCCUGCGAAGAGAUCACGCCUAUAACUCAGAUCUGGAGGUCGCUAGUGCGCCUUGGCCAUCUGAACACUAUAGCCUCGUUAUAGACACUCCAAGCUGACAAGCCCCACCCCCGAACCAGCGACAAGGAUGCCCACCUGCAGCUCAACACCAACUUCGGAGGACGAGUUCAAAAGUUAUGCGUUGACGCUAAAGGCGCUAAGUCUGCAUGUCGUUUAAAUCCAGCUAGCUUUAGUGCAAAUCCUACGGC